UGGGGACCUGGAAUUCAAAGCACUGGGUGAAGCAUCUACUACUGUAUGUAAAGGCAGCACUUCCUGAACACCUCAAGGGUGUUAAACAGUUUAUUAGUAGCCCAGGAGAAAAGCCAAGGGGAAAGGCUGCAGUCAGACACAACUUUCUGGUGCCUGUGAGGGUCACUUGCCAAAUGUUGAACCUAAAGAAAGAGCAUUCAGAUGCAAAAAUAAUUUUCAUCUGUCUGGUCUGCAUAACUUGCAAUUCUGGAAGAGGUUACAAAGCAGCCUACAUCCAGGAACACCACAGCAGUUCCCUGGUCUGCCACUUUUAAACUGUCCCCUCUAAGGUGCCCAAAAUCCUGAAGGUCCUACUUUGCAGCAUCCAUUUCUGCUCUGUGUACCAUCUCUAAAGACUAACAACUCCAUUGGAUUGCAAGGAGGGUUCCUGUGCUAGAGGUACACAUACAAACCUAAUUCUCCUUCAAUUGUUUUCAUGGAUGACUUUUUUUUCCUUUUAAUGCAUAUGAAAUAUACUCAUACUUGGUUUAUUUUACAGCCUGGUGUAAUUCUACAGCAGGUGUGGAAAGGGUAUAGCUGUAUUAGAAGACUAAGAUAUAGUGGCAGGAAAAAUAUGCAAAGGUGAAGCUUCCCCAAGAAAAGCCAAAUCAUUCCAAAGCCAAUGGGAUGUCAGGAAUAGGAAAUAGAUCUCAAUUUAAGCGCAUCAUACAGUAUCCAAGUCACAUGAAAGUCUCAAGCAAGGCAGCAGUAUUUUCACCUGGGCGUAUCUCUGCUUUAACACAGAAAACAAAACAAAACAAAAAAUCCACUUCAGUUGUAAAUUUCUCCAUACACCCUGUAAGUGUUUCAGCACAGUGUUUAACAUCCCACUGCUCACCAAAACCUAAGCCAUUUCAUAUUUUUCACUCAAGUACCUAAACCAAGGCUCCCCACAUCUCUAAUUGUCUUUGAAAGGGGAAAGAUGCGCCACUGAGAACCCACGUGCCUUACUCCCCACACCCAACUCUCUCCCACUCCAUGUUCAAUCAUCACCCAUUGCUCCUUGGAGGGAAGGUAAGAUAUCAUGAUCCAGAUUCUCUCAAAAAUAUUUUGUAUUGUGUGUUAACAUUUCCUUAGGACAUACAAAAUUAUCCUUCAUCUGGGCAAGUGCCGUUCUUCACAGUAUAUCUCAAUGAGUAUGCUUCAACCACUUGUAUUUUGACUUUCAGACAACUUGUAAUUCCAGACAGCCAUGAAGAUCCCUGUAAAGCAAAUUUAAGCUAAUGGCACAUGCUGCUUUGUUACUUCUUAGAAGUAGCCAUGACCUGCCACAGAUCUGCAGAACAUAGCUGAAAAUUAGAUGCUUAAAUAGUCUAUGUGUACUGCUUUGCAUUUUCUUUGUCAGUCUUUUGUAAAUUGGUGUCUCCUCUGGUAUUUAUAAAAAAUUGCAGUAUUUUCCUUGGCAAAUUAAGCAUCAUGAGGCGGAGAUUAAGUUAAUGUAAAUUGAAGAACAGGAUUCCACACCACCCUUUAUCCAUCCAUUAUCAUGGAAACACCCACGUGGAUUUGCUGCUGAUCUUUGCCUGACAGUGUGACCCUGAUCCCUUGAUGCACCAGAGGCCACGAGGUCAUCAUAUAGGGGUCCAUCACAUUACGUCAGACCCCUUUGCUGAUGCAACAAAGGGUGACGACUUACUCCCAGCAGGGACUGAGGAUUACAUUCAUAUAAGGAUCCAACAGCGAAACGGAAGAAAGACACUAACAACUGUUCAGGGAAUUGCAGAUGACUAUGACAAGAAGAAACUUGUGAAAGCCUUCAAAAAGAAAUUUGCUUGUAAUGGUACUGUGAUUGAACAUCCUGAAUACGGUGAAGUUAUCCAGCUUCAAGGUGACCAGAGGAAGAAUAUUUGCCAAUUCCUUUUGGAGAUUGGCAUUGUCAAGGAAGAACAACUGAAAGUUCAUGGUUUCUAAAAUACCUGUACUCCUGUGAAGAAUCCUGCAGUAUUUGGUCUUACCUAGCCUGGCUCUUCUGUGAAAAAUGAAUCUUUGCAGUGAAUGGACUUCCCUGUUACCUGAAUGUUUAAAAUCUGGUUCAGAUUUGUAUGACUGUGUGAAAUGUAUGGUAUGUAGACUAGAAACACAUAAGAAAACUUCAGUAAGGUGGUAAUGAAGACAAUUGUGAACUUCAGCACAUUUCCAAUGGAAAUGUUUUAGUGAUGAUUGUUCAGUUUUACUCUUCAUCUGACUUACCUGCGUGGGUUGUCUUAAAAUAGUAUGUAUUGCUUAAAAAAUAUAAGUUUAUUCAUGUAUUUUCUGGAAUAUCUUGAAAUGCUUGAGCUUAAGUAUAAAACUAGUAUAGUAGCCUUGCUACAGGAUGGCUAAAACUGAUUUGUGGCAAGUACAUCUCACUGCUUAUUGAAUAAAUUGGCAAAUCUAUGUGAUGAAGUAUUAGCUAAUUAGUAGACUAGCUUGAUGCGAUCAUAUGCUGUAGCGGUAAAACGAGAGCUUUAAGUCUCUUGUGUAGGCAUAUCUAGGUAGCAGUGUAGUAAGACAUUGUUUGCUGAGUAACUGAGUCUUCUUUCCGAAACUUACUACAGUGACUGUGUAGUAGUGGUGUUAAGUAUAAUAGGACUAACAUAAGCUGAAAUACUUAAAGCCGCUGUUACUGAGAGCAUGUUAAACAUCUAGGUCUUAGAUGCUACUGCCAAAAGAUUUGAAGGAAGUACAUAGAAUUUUGUAUCUCUUCUGCUAGUGAGUGAAGGAGAAAGAUCUUGAAUUGGCUUCUGCAAUGACUGAGCAUUUAAUGUUGGCAAGUACAAUACUUUAAUUAGCUGGUAGUGUUAGUUGCAGAAGUAAAGGAGGGAACAGGCUCCACACUAAAGUUUUUUCCAAGUUUGAAAAGCCUUACUGUGAUUAAUGGUUAACAUGGAGAUUUAUUGCUGUGGGGUUUGGGUGUUAUUACAGAAAGAUGAUUUGGGCUACUUUUCUAGCAAGUAAUUAAUUUGGUGUUAUUUGAAGUUAUAAUACUUUUUAAACCAAGCUCCUCAUCUAAUUUUAGUUAGCUGUCAGUGUUUGGUAUUCUUGCAAGAUAAGACUCUUAACAGAAUGAAAUGAUUUUUACCUGGUCAAACAUGAGGCUGCUUUCUUCAUUGUGAGGUAGACAUGGAAAUUUUCUCUGAAACAGCUGAAACAACACUGAGCUGGCAAACCAUAAGAAUAGUGGGGAGUUCUUUAUUUAUUUAUGUAUUUAUUUAUUUUUAAUUAAAAAAAAAAAAAAGCCUUGUAGUGUCAUGUAUUCCUUGUAAAGGAAGAAAGAUUUCUCUACUACUGAAACUUAUUGGCAGCUUAUUCAGGAAAAAUGUGACUACCUAAGUAGUCAGGAAAUGUGCAAAACAUUAGUUUUUACUGCCUGUAUCCAUACUCUUUCAAGUUCAGAGACUUGCCUUUCUAGACAAAUGCUAAAUUUUAACUCAUUUUAAUUCAUUUAAUUAAUUUAGAUAUGAAAUCUUAUGUCGCUAACAACAAUUAGAGAACCAUUAUAGAGCAUUCAUAUGACAACUUUGUACUCUUGUCUAGGUAAUUCUACUUGUAAGAAUCCAGUGUCCAGUCACUCCACAAUUUUUUCCUGGUGUUACAGUUUGUACUGUUCCAGAAGCGGGGUGUUCGAGAAAACAGUAAACUCUUAAGGUAUAAUGUACUCAGGAUGAGGAAGGAAAGCAAAACAAAAUGUCAGCGCACACAACUGAAAUCUUAUGCUAGUCUUAACACAUUAGUAGAAUCAAGUCAUUGUACCACAGGUUUGCCUAGUCCAGAUUCAUGAGUAUUAAAAUGAUUAAUCCUUUGGGGAUACAUAGCACUUACUGAUCUCCAUUUUAUCAAAUACCAGAAAGACACUUAAAGCUUGUUCCCCUGCCCAAAAGAAAAAAAAAAAAAAAAAAGCAGUAGUCUGCUAUUUCAGUGUUACUACAUGAAUUCUUCUAGUGGGUUUUUGAGCUGGAGAUUAACGAAUUAUUAACAAGUCUCACAUGUUACCGAGUCAGUCUUCAUUUCAGAUGAUGUUCCAUUAACUUACUGCUGAAGCUUGAGUCAUUUCUCUGUAGUCAUUCUACUUGAAAUAAGAAAAAAAAAAAAAACUUUCCCUUCAUUUGAAAGUCCUUUCUGAUAGGAGGAAUCUUGAGUUGAUAGGGAGCUUGAUUUUUGUGCUGUAGUGGUAGGGUUUUGUGUUUUGACUUUGAAGGUCAAAAUUGAGAGAACAAGCAGUACAUUUUGAGUUUAAAUAGAUGGGAUUUGUGGCAGUGAACAAAACCUCAUCUUUUAGAGGGGUAAAGAGAAACUUGUAUGUUUUUUAAAUAAGAGUAGUGUCUUGAGAUUGGGCUCAAGGUUAGUUAUAAAUCUGCAUUUUACAGAGGAAAAGCCUCUACAGUUUCAUAUUCUAUUGUGUAAUACUAGAAAUUCUUUCUCAGAGCUCAGCCUAUUUGAAAUACAGGCUGAUGUUUCAAGAAUGCUGAAAAACACGGGACUUCAGAAAAGAAUUAAUGCAAUACAUGAUUCCAUGGUGAAGGCGGUUUUCAAACUUUUCACAUAUUUCAAAAUAAGUUAGAAAAUAAGAUAGUGUGUCACCCAUAAUAUUUGAGACAGGAAAAGGGAGCUAGUAAUAGAAAAUACUUCUAAAACCCAGUGAUAAGGAUUGAGAGUGUGCAAGCUUGGAUGACAAAGUGGUUGUUUCUUUUUGUUGGCAUGUGUACUCCAAAUCUCCAGCACUGCCUGAAUGAUAUUUAGGCUUAAUCACUAGCUCUGGUUGUGUGAAUGGAUUGUUGUUUCAAAUUCAUAGCCUUGAUUUACAUAGGUAUGUUAGGCUUUUGCAGCUGGCUUUCAGCUAAUAAACUGGAGUAAGCUGUUGCAUCAAUUUGAAUUGUCUUUUUAGAGCCUAUUUAAUGCAGCUGUGAGCAAUGAGACAAUUGCUUCUCAAACUGGCAGCAGUCAGUACUUGUAGCAGAUGAGAUGUGGUGACUUAAGUAUGUAAACUUUCUAGUUGUGUAAAUUAUCAGAGACUUGACCACCUGUGGUCUGCCAAAUUGUACACGUUCUUUGCAAAAAAAAAAAAAGAAAAAAGAAAAAAGCAUUUUAUUCUGGUGAACUCCUGGGGGCAGGGGCUGGGGGGAGGUGGGGGAGAAGAGUGGAAAAACUUAGUAGGACUUAAGUUUGUCUUAAAUCUGCUUUAUUAACUUAGAUUCUCCUGGACUGAAUGACCACUAACAUUGCCAUUCCUGUUUGUGUAUCUUUAAAAGCUGUAAUUAAACUUCCUUGAGAGCUUGGUUCUAAAUUUAUCUAAGCCCAUUAUAAAACUUGAAAUCAUGAACCCUUGUUGAAGCUUAAGUUUUAAAUAUUAAACAAAAAUCAGUUCUGCAUUUAUCCUAUUCUGUCAACCUGAUUACAAUCAGUUUGCAGUUGCCCUAAAGAUGCAUAAUGUACUCAGAAACCUUCCAGUAAGGAGAGAUUAUGUAGGCAGCGUACACUGCUGUAAAACCAUACCCUGUUUAUAGCCUGUGUAAGAGCUUACCUAACGUGCUGCGAUGUUGCAGACUGUACUAUUCUAAUCUUACAGUAUAGGGCAGAAGAGAUUAUUUGAGUUUUAGACAGCAAUUCUUUCCCUUAAUCCUCCUGGAUGGCUUUAGUGUACAGAAUUUGUGUGACACCCUUGGUUAAAGUGGCUCAGUGGCAUUAUGUGGAAGUGUGCAUGAGAUUGGUAUUUAGCAAGUUAAAGAACAUGACGGGCCUUUUAUAGAUUAAUUUGGGGAACAGUUCAGACUACUGUUGCUUUUCAUGUGUUUGGGGUUGAUUUACAGGGUCACUCAAUGUUGCUCUACUGUGCUGCUGUUGCUAGCAAAAUGGAAAUGUUCUUAGAGGGUUAUGUGUAUUAUUGCAGUAAGGAUCUGCCAUCCUCCAAAGACUCUCCAUACAUCUUUAUUUGGUGUAGUCAGGAGCAUGUCCCAAAUGCACAGCAACAUAGAAGUUGCCAGACCAAAAAUUCUUAAGAUGAAUAUUUUCUUGUUUCCUUUCUGGAUGCUCCAUGCCUACUGUUUUCCAGUUGAUACAAAAAAAUAUCAAACCAGGAUUUAUACUUUUUGGCGUGCAUUAAUUUUUGUUACAUGCCUGUGAUAGAUCUCUUUAUGAACAAGUCUUAAACUGCAUUGCUAGAGAGUUGAUACAACAUUCUUUUGAAAUAAAAUAUACCAACGUUGUUUUAUGUAUGUUUUUCUAAAGCAAAUGUAAUUUUAUGCUAAGAAGUUCUGUGGGUUUUUUUGGUUUUUUUUGGUGGAAGUUAGAAGUGUAACUUAAUGGUGAUGUAUGUGAUCCUCUUGUAAUUAACCAUCUGAUUACUUCAAGAGAUAUUAUUUCUUCUUUUAAAUUUCUGCCAUAAGCCAUGUUAACUGACUUAAUAAAUACUGUGACUUGUU